AUGGAAAGCGAACCAGAACAUAUCGAAGCAGUUUUUGUCCUGGAAGAUGACAUCAGUAAAGUCGAUUAUCAGCACCGAUUCGAUAAUGGCGACGAUCUCAUCUAUCAAUUAGCUGACGAAAUAUAUCGAUGUUAUCAACAAGAAGCCGAACAAUAUUCGAUUUUGGGUGACGUAAAAACAGCAGAAAUUAAAAGAAAAGUAUCUAAUAAAAUUCAUGAAGAGUUGGACAAAGCAUACAACUCAGCACUUAAGCGUGAUAGCACCAUUACAAAAUCCAUUGAUGCAUAA